CAUUCAAAACCAGCAGUGGGAAAGCAACACCCCCCGUGUCCAUCACAUCCCUUCACGAAGGCAUCAUCAGCCACACAACACCACCAAGUCACCCAACAACUAGCAGCCCGAGAAAGAGAAAAAAACAAAACCAACGAUGGCUCCAAUCUCCAUCAAGACUGUGCUGAUCAGUGAGAGCGUGGACCCUCGCUGCAGGGCGAUCCUGGAGGAAAACGGCAUCCGAGUUACGGAGAAGCAGAACAUGAAGAAGGAUGAACUGCUGGCUGAGAUAAAGGACUACGACGGCCUUGUGGUUAGAUCUGCAACGAAGGUAACCGCCGAUGUCAUCAAUGCUGCUAAUAAUCUCAAAAUCAUUGGGAGAGCUGGAACUGGCGUGGACAAUGUGGACGUUGAUGCUGCCACCAAAAAGGGUAUUAUUGUCAUGAACACACCAAGCGGUAACACGAUCAGCGCCGCCGAGCUGACAUGUGCUCUGCUGAUGAGCCUCUCAAGAAAUGUGCCUCAAGCUGCGAUGUCGAUGAAACAAGGGAACUGGGAUCGCAAAAAGUUCAUGGGUGCAGAGCUGUAUGGCAAAGUGCUCGGAAUAGUUGGACUUGGAAGAAUAGGAAAGGAGGUCGCCUCAAGAAUGCAAUCAUUUGGCAUGAGGACAAUCGGCUAUGAUCCAAUCACUCCUCCUGAGGUGACGGCCAGCUGGGGGGUGGAGCAGAUGUCUCUGGAGCCGCUGUGGCCCCAGUGUGACUACAUCACUGUCCACACUCCCCUCAUGCCCUCUACUGUUGGUCUGCUCAAUGAUGAAACGUUUGCUAAAUGCAAGAAAGGAGUGAAGGUUGUGAACUGUGCACGAGGGGGCAUCAUCGACGAGAUGGCUCUCCUCAGAGCUCUGGAGUCCGGACAGUGUGGAGGAGCGGGGCUUGAUGUCUUUGUUGAGGAGCCUCCUAAGAACCGCGCAUUGAUCGAACAUCCUAAUGUCAUCAGCUGUCCUCAUCUGGGAGCCAGUACGAAGGAGGCUCAGGCUCGUUGUGGGGAGGACAUCGCUCUGCAGAUUGUGGACAUGGUGAAGGGCAAGAAGCUGGUUGGAGCAGUAAAUGCACCGGUUCUGGCCAGCACGUUCUCCCAGGACUCUUCCCAGCUGAUCAAACUGGGAGAAGCUGUCGGAGCUGUGUUGCAGUCUUGUACGACUUCAGAGAAACCGUUUAAACAUGUCCACAUUACUACUCAAGGGGAUUGCAUGAAGUCCUCCACUGGUUACAUGACUUCAUCGGUACUGGUUGGACUGCUGAACCAUGGAUCUGGCUGCGGCCCGAACCUCAUCAAUGUACUGAGUCUAGCCACGGAGUCUGGAAUCACGGUGAACCAGGCCCACUGUGCGUCUGACGGAGCUGCUAGUGGAGUGUGUAAAGUGGAGAUCGCAGCCAACGGCUGCAGCUACAAAGCCAGUGGUUCAGUUCAAGGUGGCGUGCCGGUCCUGCUGGAGUUGAGCGACAGCGUGUUCAGACAGCCGGUCUCUCUCACUGGAAAUCUGCUGUUCUUCAAAGCCUCCGCGAGUCCUCAACUCCUAUCCUCAGUGGCCGGACUUCUGGCCAAAGAGGGAGUGGAGAUUGAGUCCUUCAGCGCUCCGGCAGACCGCGCUGGGGAUCUGUGGUAUUGUGUCGGGGUGUCCUCUCUCCCACGAGACCUCAGUGCCUUGAAGCCUUUGGUUAAAGAGGCUGCACAGCUCACCAUUUAAAUGGCCGCAGCAGUGCGGUCUAUAAGUCUUAACAUCUCCGAGAGUGUCUAAUAGGUCUUAGCGUUUACAACUAACAACUAAUAAGAAGAACAUUUGUGGUUUAAAACUUGCAUUUUGAUAACAUUCCAGUGUUUAGAUGCUUUACAUGCACUUUGUUGAAGUAAAAUAAAUGUUUCAUUGCCCAGUUCUCAGUUUGCUGUUUGACCUUUUCCUGUUUUUAAUCCUUCAAAGCAGAGGUGUAAAAUAAAGUAAGAACAAUUGUAACGUA